UUUCUUCUUCUUGUUCUUGACAACUAUCAUGUCUGCAGACGCGCGUUCCACCACUAUCGCUGAGACGAUCUCAAGAGAGGGACGUAAUGUAGAAUAUCCUCAAAAGAAUGGCCGCCCACAGUGGAUAUCUGAAAUCUUUGGCCAAAACGUCUUCUCUCUGAAGGAAAUGUCAAAGCGUCUCCCCAAGCCCAUUUACUCCACAUUCCUCAAGCAGAUCCGCGGAAAUGAAAUCAUUGACAAGACCACUGCUGACGCUAUUGCGCAUGCUGUCAAAGUCUGGGCUAUGGAGCGUGGUGCCACCCAUUUCACCCACUGGUUCCAACCUCAAACGGAUUCUACUGCUGAAAAGCAUGACUCCUUUUUGACACUCAAAUGUACAUUCCGAGGUGGUUACGAAGAGACGACUGCUUUGGACACUUUCUCUGGAUCUCAACUUCUUCAGUCUGAACCUGAUGCUUCAUCCUUUCCCUCUGGAGGUAUGAGAUCAACGUUUGAGGCUCGUGGAUAUACUGUCUGGGACACCAAAAGCCCAAUGUUCUUGCAGGAAGGACCUCAUGGAACAUCAAUCCUUUACGUCCCAUCCGUCUUCAUUUCAUACAAUGGAGAGGCAUUGGAUGAAAAGACUGUACUCUUGAGAUCGUCUGAGGUGUUGGCUAAAGCCACCAUGGAACUUCUUGAUAUGCUCGGCCCUAAAAGUGAAGACGAAGAGCGUGUCAAGCAUGUACACACCACCCUUGGAACUGAACAAGAAUAUUUCUUGAUCGAUCGCGGUCUCUAUUCGCUUCGCCCGGAUCUUAAGAUUACUGGCCGUACCUUGUUGGGUGGCUUGCCUCCUCGUCACCAGCAGCUUGAGGAUCAUUACUUUGGUAAAAUUCCUACCAGAAUUCUGGCUUGUAUGAGUGAAUGUGAAAUGGAACUAUACAAACUUGGUGUUCCCGUCAAGACAAGACACAAUGAAGUUGCUCCUGCUCAAUUCGAAUUGGCUCCUAUCUUUGAAGAGGCUAUGAUUGCUGUUGAUCAUAACUUGAUCACCAUGGAUGUCUUGCAUCGUGUCGCUCAUCGUCACAAGUUGAAGGUCCUAUUCCACGAGAAGCCGUUCAAGGGUGUCAAUGGAUCCGGAAAGCACUGUAACUGGUCUAUGUCGACGGAUACUGGUGAAAAUCUGUUGGAGCCUACGGCUCAUCCUGAAACCAACUAUCGCUUCUUGCUCUUCCUUGUUUCUAUUCUCAAGGCGUUGGCCGACCAUGGAGGUCUUCUUCGCGCAGGUAUUGCUUCGGCUUCCAAUGAACAUCGUCUUGGUGCUCAUGAGGCUCCCCCUGGUAUCAUCUCUGCCUUCAUGGGAGACCAUUUGGAUGACGUUCUCAACUCUAUCGAGGAAGACCGUCCGCUCAAGGUGUUCGGUUCGUCUCAGUUCCAUUCCGUGCGCGUUGGUGGUACCGUCUUGGACUUAAAGGUUGCUAGUCUUCCCAACAUUGCUCGUGAUCUCACUGAUCGUAAUCGUACUUCACCUUUUGCUUUUACUGGCAACAAAUUUGAGUUCCGUGCCGUCGGCUCUAAGCAAUCUGUGUCGUUUCCCAUGACUUUGUUGAAUUCCGCAGUUGCCUCUUCUUUGCAUUCCGUUACAGCUGAUUUGAAGAAGCAAAAGGGUGAUAAGAAAUUCGCCUCUGACGAUGAUAUGCGUGCCGUGAUCAAGAAAUACAUCAAAGAGACUAAGAAGGUCCGCUUUGAGGGAGACAACUACUCUGAUUCCUGGGUUCAAGAGGCUAAGAAGCGCGGAUUGCCUAACAUUGACAACUGUCCUGAUGCUUUCGCUCAAUUGCAAGAAAAGCGCAACUCUUCCAUGCUCCAUGAGCUCGGUGUUUUCUCUGAAAGUGAGCUCCACUCUCGUUACCAUAUUCUGAUGGAGAAAUACGCCAAGGACAUCCAAAUUGAGGCCGAGACUUUGCGUACCAUGUUGGUUCAACACAUUCUCCCUUGUGCUUUCAACUACAGACGCGAACUUGCUGAAGGUGCUAACCUGCUCAAGACCGCUGGCUCAGAUAGCACUCCUGAACUGAAUGCCUUGAAGGAAAUCUCUCCCAUCGUCGCCAACAUUCAAACUGCGGUUGGAAAAUUGGAAGCCGCACUUGACGAGUUCAUUAAGAUUGAGGACAUUGCUCAGCUCGCCAAGGCUGCUCAUGAUAGUUUGGCUGUUCAUAUGGAGGAAGCCCGUAGUCAUGCUGAUGUUUUGGAGCGUUUGAUUGCUAACAAGCACUGGCCAUUCCCCAAGUACUCUGAGCUUUUCCUCAACAUCUAAUUUUUUUUUACUUUUUUUUGGCAAUCACUUCCGUAUCCCUUUUACUUUCUUUUGUACUCUUACGGGCAAUCAAUAAAUGCUUCAGUUCCUCAAUGCCCUGUGCAUUUGUCAUACGUAUAUCCUCAGUGUGAAUU